CGGCGGAGUAAGGGGUGGGCGGUGGGGCAGAGCCGCCGCGCUGGGGUCGUGAGCUCUGAGGCGUGAGCCUAGGGGCCGCGAGGUGUCGCCGCCGCUCAGGGAAGGGCAAGGAGUGAAACUAUGUAGCCUUUUAAGAGAUUCACUUUGUCCCAUCUGAAGUCCAUAUGGCUCUGUAUGAUGAAGAUCUCAUGAAAAAUCCUUUCUAUCUGGCUCUUCAGAAGUGGCGUCCUGACUUGUGCAGCAAGGUGGCCCAAAUCCAUGGCAUUGUGUUGGUACCCUGCAAAGGAAGCCUGUCCAGCAGUGUUCAGUCUGCGUGUCAGUUCGAGUCCUAUGUUCUGAGACCGGUGGAAGAGCACUUCCAGACCUUAAAUGGAAAGGAUGUCUUUAUACAAGGAAACAGGAUUAAAUUAGGAGCUGGUUUCGCCUGUCUUCUCUCAGUGCCCAUUCUCUUUGAAGAAACUUUCUACAAUGAAAAAGAAGAAAGUUUCAGCAUACUGUGUAUAGCUCAUCCUUUGGAAAAGAGAGAGAGCUCAGAGGAGCCUUCAACACCCUCAGAUUCCUUCUCUCUGAAAACCAUCGAAGAUGUGAGAGAGUUUUUGGGAAGACACUCGGAGAGAUUUGACAGGAACAUCACCUCUUUCCAGCGAACAUUCAGGGAGUGUGAAAGGAAGAGCCUCCGUCAUCACAUAGACUCGGUGAACGCUCUCUACACCAAAUGCCUCCAGCAGCUGCUGAGGGACUCCCACCUGAAAGUGCUCGCCAAGCAGGAGGCCCAGAUGACGCUGAUGAAGCAGGCGGUGGAGGUGUACGUCCAGCAUGAUAUUUAUGAUCUGAUCUUUAAAUACGUCGGGACCAUGGAGGCCAGCGAGGAUGCUGCCUUUAACAAAAUCACGAGAAGCCUUCAAGACCUUCAGCAGAAAGAUAUUGGUGUGAAGCCUGAGUUCAGCUUCAACAUACCUCGUGCAAAGAGGGAGCUGGCUCAGCUGAACAAGUGCACCUCCCCACAACAGAAGCUGGUUUGUUUGCGAAAGGUCGUGCAGCUCAUUACGCAGUCUCCUAGUCACAGAGUUAACUUGGAGACCAUGUGUGCUGAUGAUCUGCUGUCAGUCCUGUUAUACCUGCUUGUGAAAACAGAGAUCCCUAAUUGGAUGGCAAAUUUGAGUUAUAUCAAAAACUUCAGAUUUUGCAGCUCAGCAAAAGAUGAAUUGGGAUACUGCCUGACCUCAGUUGAGGCUGCAAUCGAAUACAUUCGGCAAGGAAACCUCUCUGCUAAACCGCCCGAGGCUGAGGGGUUUGGUGACAGACUGUUCCUUAAGCAGAGAAUGAGCCUGCUGUCUCAGAUGACUUCCACUCCCACUGACUGCCUGUUUAAGCACAUUGCAUCGGGUAACCAGAAGGAAGUGGAAAGACUUUUGAGCCAAGAAGACCAAGACAAAGAUGCCGUCCAAAAGAUGUGUCACCCUCUGUGCUUCUGUGACGACUGCGAGCAGCUGGUCUCCGGGAGGCUGAAUGAUCCCUCAGUUGUCACUCCAUUCUCCAGAGAUGACAGGGGUCAUACACCGCUCCAUGUGGCUGCCCUCUGUGGGCAGGCGGCCCUCAUCGACCUCCUGGUUUCCAAAGGUGCUGUGGUGAAUGCCACGGACUAUCACGGGGCCACUCCGCUUCAUCUCGCCUGCCAGAAGGGCUAUCAGAGCGUGACGCUGCUGCUGUUGCACUACAAAGCCAGCCCCGAGGUGCAGGACAACAACGGCUGCACCGCUCUGCACCUGGCCUGCACCUACGGCCACGAAGACUGCGUGAAGGCUUUGGUCUACUACGAUGUGCAGUCGUGCAGACUCGAUAUCGGUAACGAGAAAGGAGACACUCCCCUGCACAUAGCAGCCCGAUGGGGAUACCAGGGCAUCAUAGAGACUUUGCUACAAAACGGAGCGUCCACGGAGAUCCAGAACAGGCUGAAAGAAACGCCCCUCGCGUGUGCGCUAAACUCAAAGAUUCUGUCCAUCAUGGAAGCCCAGCACCUGUCCUUCGAAAGGAGGCAAAAGUCUUCAGAGGUCCCUGCGCAGCCCCCUCAGCGCUCUGUGGAUUCCGUCAGCCAGGGGUCCUCCACCUCCAGCUUCUCCUCCGUGUCAGCAAGCUCCAGACCAGAGGAGCCCAAGAAGGACUACAGAGAGGUAGAAAAACUUUUAAGAGCAGUUGCCGAUGGAGAUCUAGAAAUGGUGCGUUACCUUCUGGAGUGGACUGAGGAGGACCUGGAUGAAGUGGAGGAUGCUGUCAGUGCCGCAGAUCUUGAACUGUGUCACCCCUUGUGCCAGUGCCCCAAAUGUGCUCCAGCUCAGAAGAAGCUGGCCAAGAUUCCUGCCAAUGGGCUUGGUGUGAAUGUGACCAACCAGGAUGGUGCCUCCCCACUGCACGUUGCUGCCCUGCACGGUCGAGCGGACCUUGUCCCCCUCCUGUUGAAGCAUGGUGCCAGUGCGGGUGCCAGAAACGUCAGCCAGGCUGUCCCGCUCCACCUGGCCUGCCAGCAGGGCCACUUCCAGGUGGUGAAGUAUCUAUUAGAUUCCAAUGCAAAACCCAAUAAGAAGGAUAUAAGUGGAAACACGCCCCUCAUUUACGCCUGUUCCAACGGCCACCACGAAGUCGCGGCACUGUUGCUGCAGCACGGGGCCUCCAUUAACGUUUCCAACAACAAGGGCAACACGGCGCUGCAUGAGGCUGUGAUGGAGAAGCAUGUCUUGGUGGUGGAGCUGCUGCUGCUUCACGGAGCGUCAGUCCAGGUCUUGAACAAGAGGCAGUGCACAGCCAUAGACUGUGCCGAGCAGAAUUCAAAAAUAAUGGAAUUACUUCAAGUCGUACCAAACUGUGUGGCCACGUUAGAUGAUGUUGGCGAAACAGACCACCAGGAAUACGUUACUGUUACGAUCAGGAAAAAAUGGAACUCAAAAAUGUAUGACCUACCAGAUGAACCUUUUCCUAGACAGUUUUACUGUGUCCCCUCGCUUGGUCAGUUUAAGGGAAGGACUUCAAGGGACAUUAUGGCAAGAGAUAGAAGUGUCCCUAAUCUUACUGAAGGUUCUGUGCAUGAGCCAGGGAGGCCCACAGUCACACGGGAACAGGCUAAGCGGCCGGAGCAGAGCAGAUCACAGACGGCUGACACAGGAGGGGGUGAGCAGCCCGAGAGGCCCAGACUGAAAAAGGCUGCUCCUGGGACCAGGCGAAUGCUGCGGAGACACACUGUUGAUGACGCAGUCGGAGCCAAGGGCCCAGAGACUGCUGGUGGCCUGGCCACUCCCCACGAGGCCAGUAUUUCCCAGUUUUAACAGGAAUAAGGAACCGUUCAAUUUGCUGCCAGGCAGCAAGUCCUCAAUAAGAAGACACCGAGCGUGAAUACAGCUUAGAACUAAAUAUACUUGCUCUUUGGCUCGAGAGAGCAGCAGCUUCCUGAAAGCUUUUCCCGGCUAAGGGAAAGAAUGCAACAAAAAACUGUUACCAUCUUCUUCCUCUUCAAAGCUGAGGAAUACACUUGGAAAGGAAUGGACAGAAAGUCCAGUGGUGUCCAGAUCCUUAAGACUUCUUCAGUGUUAGGGUUCCUUGGUUAGAGUGAGAGGUUUCAUCACCAGAUUCUGACCUCCUCCUCCUGAAGGUGCUAAGCCUCUGAUGUGUAUAAACGAGCAAACCACAAGCUAACAGAACUCCUCCAUCUGGGACAAACUGAAGAGAAGCAGUUCAGGUUUCAUGGUACUGUGGUGGCCGGCCAGAAAGGUCACAUUUGAAUGAAGGAAACAGGACCUGGAAAAUGCUCCUUUGCAAAGCAACAUUUGAACCCAAAGAUGCCUAAAUGCCGUUCUCAAGUUCCUUUUACACUAUGUACAUGGGAAAAGUUGGGUAGAAUUUUUCUUCCAGCAAAGUACAGAUAUUUGAUCAUUGCACACAUGCACCUCUAGUGUCUCUAGAAACAUCCCUUUCCAUUAAGAACCUCCCUUAAAUGUCACUCCUGAUGGAUGGUUACUGAACUAGAGAGUAGAUUUGGCACAUCUUUUCUUAGUCUUUUGAUUCAGAUUGAAAACUUACAGCACAAACCAGGUCAAAUUUACUUUAAGUUAGAAUUUAUUGCCAUUCAUUCCUUUUUAUAAAUUUCUAUAGAUUAUACUGUUAUUUUUUUAUGUUAUUAAUUGGUCUCGAGCUGCAAACAUGGGUUUACCUUGAGUACAUUUUCAAAUCCCUUUGUAACAGAGAAAUGGUUUUGUGCAUGUUCUUGGAAAUACUUGUGUAUGUACAGAAGGGAGGGGCUGAUUAUUUUUCUACAAAGUAAUUUAUGAUUUCUAAUUUUCUAAUGUGCCUUGGAUAUGUGCCAAAUGAUGGAAAAGAAACAGUAAACUUUAUGAUUCUUCAGUG